ACGAGGAGCUAGUGCAGGAAUAGCUUCCUGUGGCAAAGAGGGCUGCCUCUCACAUCUCAUUUCCUCUCUGUGCGAGUGUCUAGUAGUAGUCCCAAACUGAUAUCCAUUGCUCCCGCACAGCCAGAUAGGGAAAAGCUGCUAGUGGGCGUGGCAAGGCCAAGCCUCCUGCGCGGAAAGAGCUGUAGCUGGGUACUCUAGACGCACCUACUCCCUGUUCGAACUUAAGGGGCUGCUGUGCUUUCCUCGGUCGCUUUUUUAGUGUCCCGUCCCCUCCACCGAGUAAUAGUGGGGCGGGAGAAGAAGUGGGGUACGUCUACAGGCCCCAGUUUGUAAGGAAGCGGCUAGUACGUGCCUUUUAGCCUGUGGCAAAUGUCUUUCCUUUCGGGUUUCUGUGGGAGGUCCUGCCCCGCCCAUUCGUCCCCGGGGGAGGGAGAGAAAGACGCAGGGGAAGGGGGCGCGCCCCCUCUCUCAGUCUGCGCAACGGGGCUUGGCCGCAGCCACACUGAGGUAAAAUAACUCUCUAUUUUGAGAGGUAGAAAAGGCCCCGACGGUCGCUCUAAUGGGGCUUCGAAAGAAGGGCUAGAACCGGAUUCUCUGCACGCACUGAGCCAGAGUGAGGCGUCGGCGUCAUGCCAUGGAGAGCCGGGGCUCCGCGGUCCUGGGCUUGGGGCAACUUUUAGCUUCUUUCGGGGAGCCUCAGCCGCAAGAAGAGGUUGCCUCAGUCCUACCAUGGCGAGGGGGCAGCUCGGAGUUGGACGAGGGGCCGCUUUUGCAGGCGAGGGAGGCAGCAGGCAGUAUGGUGGAGGAGCAGCAGCAGCCGGAUUGCGCGGUGGGAGCCGCCAAGGAGAAGGAGGAGGCGGCAGCCCUGCUGGAGUUGCGUCGUCGCCGUGGGCGCUCCCUCUCGCUGCCCGCCAGCCCGACCGUAGCGGCCGCGCGGCUCUUUCCCCGGAGGGGAGUCGAAGGGGACAACGAUGACUACGAUGAGGAAUUGGAAGGGCCGUCCGUGAUGGGCGGCAGCGGUUGCUGCACCAAGUGCAAGAAGCGGGUGCAAUUCGCCGACUCGCUGGGGCUGUGCCUGGCCAGCGUGAAGCACUUCAGCGCCGCGGAGGAGCCGCAGGUGCCUCCCGCCGUGCUCUCCCGCCUGCAGAGCUUCCCCAUGCGCCAGAGGGACCUCGAGGAGUUCAGCGCUGCCCUGGCAGGACUCGGUGGGUGCGCGGCGCCCCCGUUUUCAUCCCCGCCUCGCCCGCUGCAGUUGCCUCAGGCCGUCCAGUUGGUGCCCCACUGCGAGCUGGCGGAUAAGCUACACGUCGAGCGGCUGCAGCGGGAACGCGUGUGCCUGGAGGAGGCGACGGGGACAACUCUGGCCGGGGCGCCCACGGACGUGCGGGGCGUGGUGAGGGUGUUGAGCUGCCCCGGUCCCAAGGAGGUGACGGUGCGCUACACGUUCAACGAGUGGCUCUCCUUUUUGGACACCCCAGCUGUGCCGUUGCCGCCGUCCCCCGCCCGGGACCCCUCGGAGUCGGAUCCCUCCAGUCCCAUCGAGCGCUACCAGUUCACCUUGUGCCUUCCUCCUGGUCUGCAAGAGGACACGGCCGUGCACUUCGCCAUCUGCUACCGCAGCCAGCAGGGCGAGUACUGGGAUAACAACGGAGGUGCCAACUAUGUCCUCCGCGGGUGUAGUAGCAGCCCCGAGAAAUCGGCGUCUGUCUUGUAUUGAGACUGGUGGUGAGCUCGACGACGGCAGCGUUUUGGUUCCACCAGCCCCGAUCCCUUUGGCAGCGUCUCUAGUUGUUCUAGCCUUGUCGGCGGGGGAAACCAGCGGUGCUUGCUUGCCUUUUAUUACAGCCCUCCACGACUGAGCCCCAACACCCACGGGCCUCUAGUAUUCGGCCUGCCUACCUGCCUUUAUCCCUCCAGCGGCCCGAGCCGUGGAGUGGACCAGGUAGCCAACCGUGCGCUUGCACUUCAGCCUCGUUCCACUCAGCCUGGGCGCAGCCCACAGUCUAAACUCUCAGGGGGGUCACUGAAGACGAAAUCUGAGAAUUACGGCCCGGCUAUGGAAUGGGGCGAGGGGAAGACAAGGAGAGCUUAUUGUUCUAAGUUUACUUGCACUCUUUUCCAGGCAGACAGAUGGGUUGCUUGAAACCAGGUCGGUGGCUAUAAUAGGGGAGGAGAUAGACUCUGCCCACCACUGGAGUCUCCUCUUCUUGGAAUACACUUGCCCCUCUCUGAAUAUAUAUAGACACAAAGGAUCGAGUCGGCUGUUCCCGGGGGCCCCAUCACCAUUGGUUUGAAAGCAUGCAAAAAGGCAUUUUUGACCGGUGCCUUCUAUUAAUUCUGUACAGGAAAUGACAUAUUAAAAAGCCUGAAAGAAUGCAACAAAGCUACAGGGCAAAUCUGGAGAAAUCAGAGCUGUUCGGGAUAUAUAAAAGUUUUCAAAAAUGCCCUUCCCCACCCCCAGCUUGAAUAUUGUGCCUUGGAUAAAAGUACUUUCUUCACACUGACAAAGAUGGCAGAAUUCAAGUUAAUGUUUUGUUGCUGUGUGUGGAAAUGGACACACUUAUUUUCCCAACUAAGUUGUAAAGUGCUUUUUCUCAUGUUAUAAGAUACAUUGAGAGGUACCUUGGGAAAUGGCCAGAUUUUUAAAAGAAACCGGACAGGGGCUGGAAGAAUGCAGUUGGUAGGAAAGGGAACUUUGUGUGUAUGUUUAGAGGGAUUGAUUUUUGUUUGCACUUAAUACUUUGGUCUCUGGUCCAGUUAUACAAAACUACAUAGAAUGUUAAGAACUACUAAAAUUGUAGGACAUGUGAGCAUCCUGGAUCUGUGAUCUUUAUAUGUCUAUACAGAUUAAUUCACAUGAUCAUUAGGGGUUUAGGUAGCCAAUGGGAAAUUGCUUGAAAAUCCUGUGUAUGCUUAGGAUGACCAAAUUCAAAGGCAGACAGGGCUCUUCUGCAACUUCUAAUAGUUCUAUAGAAGAAGGAAUUUUGGAAGACUUCUCACCAUGGAUGAAAACUUGAACCUUCAAAAAAAUUCCCUCUUCUGCACCACUUAUAAGGAGAGCAGGGGUCCUGCCCUCCUUUGAAUAUGGUCAUUCAGUCUGUGCUGCUGCCGCCGCCUUCUCUGUGGCUAGCUGGCUUGAGAUUAAGCUCUUUGGUUCUCCCUGCAAAAUGGUUUUCACAGUCUUGCAGAGAGUUACACUCUGACUGUGUGAAUCCUUCUGGCCACAAGUAUGGGCAAAUGCAUGUGGGGGCAUGGUCUUUUAUUUUCUCUCUUAAAAAAAAAAAAGUCUAGCAGUAUUACCAUGUACCCUCACAGUUAUUGUGUGGAUCAUCCUUGGCAUACACAGAGUGGGGAUUUGGUGCUUUAAAAUGUAAGCUCACUUGGUACUUGUGGAGCUUCCCUACUUAGUUCUCACUUGAGAAGACCUAGUAUGAGCAUGGUUCCCUUCACCUAAUGCCCCACCUCUCAUUACCUUGGCGGAAUCCUUUUCGGAUGAUCCUUUUAUUCUGAAACUGAAUGCACUUUCACAGUCCACAGUGACUUAUUAAGCUAGCUGUCACCUCACCACAACUCAGUGUGUAGAGUUAAGGGCAGUCAUUCUGGAAAAUUAGUUGCUAAAACAGGAGCAAUUCAGUGACCAUUUAACUGGUGUCCUUGGGACUAUGUUAGCCUGAGGAGUCACUGAACUGCACUCUAACAGCCUACCUAGCAGUCAUGUUGUAUUAAUAUUUCCUAUUUUUUUAUUUGCCUAAAUCCCAGUGAAUUGCCUGAUAACUCAAAAGGGGCAAUAGUUGCUUUGCCAUACAAGGGUAAAAUUGUAGAUAUCUAAUAAGGUCAUUUCACAUUUGCUUUCUAAAACUUGAAAAGUUAGAUCCUUUUCUAUUUGGGAUUCUAAAAAAGCAAUGUUAUGGUCCAUGAUCAGCUAAAGUGUGUGAAAAGCUGAUGGCCCUUAUAAGGAGAAAAGCACAAAUAUCGGAAAUAGUGAUGGAUGUGACUGAUAAGUCAGUAGUAUGAAAUAUCUGUUUCUGUGUGUCAUGUGAAUACAGUAGAGGGGCAUAACCACCUAGGAUAUGAAGGGAGAUCUAAGCAGUGAUAUCCUGCAGAGCCAUGUUUGGUUAAAUGUAUGCCUCAUUUCUUGCAGUUCAGCUUAGCUGUGAAUGCAUCUUUGUAUAAUGUUAUCCAGCAGUUUGCUUAAAGUAUAUAUUUCUGGAAGAAAAAGAAACACUUAACACAGUAAGAAAAAUAGUGUUUACAGUGUAUCCAUAAUGUCAGGAGGACAGAAAUGUGGUUAGCACUGCAGCGUUUGAAAGUAUGUACACAUGAAUCUAGGAGCAUUGGCCAGUUAUGGCUCUUGAGCGCACACAUGUACUGCAUGUUCAUGCACACUUGCUGCCCAUUGUGUGUUAUGGUAUCCCUGCAGUGGACAUAACAAUUGCUGCUUUUUUGUAUUUUGUGCUGCAGCCCAGAAACUCCUAGCUGUUGUUUGGUGUUACAGUGAUUCUGGCAUAAAGUAUGCAAGCUUCUAGAUCUGGGUAUUUAGAAACUGCACAAUGCUCCUAAAGAGUUAAACUGCUGCUGCUGGGUUUUUUUUUGGAAGUACAGAUAGGCUUAAAGAUAGAUAGGCUUUGGUGAAUCAUGCAGUAUAACCUUGGACUCUGCUGCGAAAUUGUGUGGGACAAAAGUUAGAAUGUAGUUGAUUUAUCUGCUCUUGUUAGAGGACCAGUAUAGUGAGAUAUGUGUAGUGUACUCCCCAAGGGAAACAGUGCUUUUCUACCACUUCUUGUUUUGCAAAAAAAUGCUCAUUUGUCUCCAGCAAAGACAGUGGCAUUCUCUAUAUGUAAAAAUAAUUCAUUCUAGUCACUCUUUACAAGACAGCAUUUUCAAAGGCACAGUAUUCCUGCAGAGUUUCUGUUUCUUCUUAAACAUCACUAUUAAAGCAUGUAUAAUAAAUGUAGCACCUGAAAUUAGCACAUGUAUGCAAAUGUUCUCAGCACCACUGAUUCCUUUUACUUAGACAAAAACUGAUUCUGUGCCAAAGAGAGUUGUGAUGUUUUCAGUACAACCUUUUUGCCAUUGUUGCCUUAAGUGGUAAAGAUUCUGCUGCCUUAGGAGAGGCAGGUUUAUCUUUUUCCAUGCAAUAAUGUUUUUACACAGAGAAGGCUGGAUUAAGUAUGUGUAUGGGAGGAAUAAUAUCAGAACUCAUACCUAUGGCUUGAGUAAGCACUUCAAGAAAUAACAGAGCUCAGGCAGAACUCUUUCCAUGCUAGCUGUGGUACACAAGAUUACUUGUGAAGGUUUUAAUUUUUUAAAAUAAUUGUUCCAUAAACUGCAAACAAAAGUUUUAACUCUUGCCAGAAGAGUUAACAGAAGGAUGGCUGGCAUCUCCAAGCCUCAUGCUGUCUGAACAAGAUUAUUCAUAGGAAAGAAUCUUUAGCAUGCUGUAUAUUCUGGUAAGAACUAGUUUUGCCCGAGUACACAGACUUUCUCCUGUGCUUGUUAAUAAUCUUGCUGAGACAGCAUCCUGAACAAAAUAUUCUUAAGACACUGACUGAGUACCCUGCUAUCUCUGAAGGUGUGCAAACUAUUAUACAUAUAUGGGCUGUGUUCUGAAUGUAAAUGAUUGUCUUCUUUCAGAGGAACGUCAUACAUGUUUGUCUCUGGUGCCUUUCUGAGGGGGAUAUGGGGGAGGAGGUGUCUGAAGAUUUUUAGAUGUGCUGUGGGAAUUGUCUCAAUUGCUUCAAGAAGCCAGCGUUGUAAGCCUUGAUAAAUAAAAGUGCCUUGUUCUGUGUGUCUGCUACAUACAACUGCACCAAUUUUUGCCUUCAAUUUAAUUGCAUGAGUGUUUUUAGCAAAGACUAUGCAAACACAAAAAGAUUGUAGUGGAGAGGAGGGCUGGGGUUCUCAAACAGCACAGCCUUCAAGACUUUAUUGGGUUGGCAACUUCAAAUGUUUCUUUUAAAUGAGACUCUGCUUCAGUAAAGACUUUGCUCACUUUUGUCUCUGCCCAGGGGUUUGGAAACUUGCUUUAAAAAAAAAAUAAAUUAAGUGGAGACCAUUUUAUAGUGGACUUGAGAUGGAGAGGGAAUAUAUAAAGUAGCAGGGGUUGAAAUGUAGGGAGCCAUUACCUUUUUCUUUUGUCAAUUAUUUUUCACAUUUGUAGAUGGUCCCAAACAUCUCUCUCUGGGUGGAAGUAUGCCCCAGUCUGGCUCAACUGCUUUUGUAGACUUCAUCUUACAUGUGUUUCUUCUUGAGACUUAGUAAAGCUUUUUAAAAAUAAAAUAAAAUAAAAUUGCAAUGCUCAUA